GAGGGGGUGACUAUCGAUAAGUCAGAGGCAUCGAUUUGCUCACAUUUCUUGGGUCUUUUAGCGUGAAAAAAACGCCUAAAUAAACGAAUCGGCAGCGUGUCAGGCCAGAAAGUGCAACCAACGGAUCGCCGUUCGCGCCGCAGUCGAGGAUUGGAGCCGUCGAAGGCGCCGAAAAAACGUCGCAGCAGUCGCCAGCAGUCGCAACGGAGUGUUUACUGGGCGAGGGGUGCAGAGGAGGAGGUGGUGCCUGUGUAUGUGUAUGUGUGCGCCAGUGAGUGGGCAGAGGCAGCGACAGAGGAGCAUCAGCGGAUGUAGCUCGUUGCCCGGACCCCGCAGUGGACACCACGAAAAGUGAGCGUAAACGUAGGCAGGCCAACUUGCAGGCACAAAGAAAAUAAACACUGGAAACCGAAGACGAGGCCUUCUGGGACAGGAACAGAACUGCUCAACAGCCGCAGACGCGUCGGUGACCGCACCCUAAUGUCAAAUAGCCAAGCGAAUGCCGGCAACAGCGGUAGCGCGACAUCGGAUGAACCGACCCAGCACCACCCCCCCUUGGCGGCCGCCCCUGCAAAUGCAUCCUGCCCAGCCGCGACGCCGGCGUCGCAGUCGACGCAGCAGCCCCCGCACAUAGUUGGUGCCUCAACAGCUGAUGCUGGCAGCGGCGUCGCGGUCGGCGUCGGCGUCUCUGUUGUCGUCGGCAGCGAGGGCGUCAAUCUGGACUCGUCGCCGCGCGAGUCCGGGGACGAUUCCGAGGACGAGAGCGAGAUCCUGGAGGAGUCGCCCUGCGGACGUUGGCUGAAGAGGCGCGAAGAGGUUGACCAACGUGAUGUGCCCGGAAUCGACUGCGUCCAUCUGGCCAUGGACACCGAGGAGGGCGUGGAGGUCGUGUGGAAUGAGGUGCAAUAUGCCAGUCUCCAGGAGCUGAAGUCGCAGGAGGAGAAGAUGCGACAGGUGUUCGAUAAUCUGCUGCAGCUGGACCACCAGAACAUCGUCAAGUUCCACCGUUACUGGACGGACACGCAGCAGGCCGAGCGACCUCGAGUGGUCUUCAUCACCGAGUACAUGUCGAGUGGGUCGCUGAAACAGUUCCUCAAGCGCACGAAGCGCAACGCCAAGCGGUUACCGCUGGAGUCGUGGCGUCGAUGGUGCACCCAGAUCCUGUCCGCGCUCAGUUAUUUGCAUUCCUGCUCGCCGCCCAUCAUCCACGGCAACUUAACCUGUGAUAGCAUCUUCAUCCAGCACAACGGCCUGGUCAAGAUCGGCUCGGUGGUACCGGAUGCGGUCCACUACAGCGUUCGGAGGGGACGGGAGCGGGAAAGGGAACGCGAACGGGGGGCCCACUACUUUCAGGCGCCCGAGUACGGAGCCGCCGACCAGUUGACCGCAGCCCUCGACAUCUACGCCUUCGGGAUGUGUGCCUUGGAGAUGGCCGCCCUGGAGAUCCAGCCCAGCAAUAGCGAGUCGACUGCCAUCAACGAGGAGACCAUCCAGCGCACAAUCUUCAGCCUGGAGAACGAUCUGCAGCGCGACCUGAUACGAAAGUGUCUCAAUCCGCAGCCGCAGGACCGGCCAAGCGCCAAUGAUCUGCUUUUCCACCCACUGCUCUUCGAGGUGCACUCCCUCAAACUGCUGACUGCCCAUUGUCUGGUCUUCUCGCCCGCCAACCGCACCAUGUUCUCGGAAACCGCCUUCGACGGCCUGAUGCAGCGCUAUUACCAGCCGGACGUGGUUAUGGCACAGCUCCGGCUGGCUGGUGGGCAGGAACGGCAGUACCGACUGGCAGACGUUACGGGGGCCGACAAACUGGAAAAGUUCGUCGAGGACGUAAAGUACGGUGUGUACCCGCUAAUUACGUACAGCGGCAAGAAGCCGCCCAAUUUCCGCUCUCGGGCCGCCUCGCCCGAGCGGGCUGACUCCGUGAAAUCGGCCACGCCAGAGCCGGUGGACACGGAGUCGCGGCGCAUCGUUAACAUGAUGUGCAGCGUAAAGAUCAAGGAGGAUAGCAAUGACAUAACCAUGACAAUACUGCUGCGCAUGGACGACAAAAUGAACCGCCAACUGACAUGCCAGGUGAACGAGAACGAUACGGCGGCGGAUCUCACCAGCGAACUGGUGCGCUUGGGCUUCGUCCACCUAGACGACCAGGACAAGAUCCAGGUGCUGCUGGAGGAGACGCUGAAAGCGGGCGUUAUGAGCGACGGUGCCGGGGCAGAGAGCUCCGGAGUGGGGGUAACAACCACGGCGACCAUGGCAGCCUUGGAGCAGCUGGAGCGCAACUGGUCGAUAUCCUCCGACGCAGACCAGCAGGGCACUGCCGUGAUGUAUGUGCCGCAGGGGCAGCAGCACACCGAUGUGGACGUCGAUGUGGAACAGUCGGGCACGACGAGCAAUUGAAAGUAUCAGCUUAGUAUUCAGGGCAGGCCGACGCGUAUUGUUUUUAUUAUAUUGGGAAAUUACACAUUACGAUUUUAUUACUACUAUUAUUGGUUAUUUUUAUAUAUAUACCUAUAUAUAUGUAUAUGUAUGUAUGUAUUUGAAAUAAUAUUUAUGUAUGUAUGUACCAUAAACGAUGUUGAACCAGGCUUCCAAGCUAAAGAAUUCGAUGAAAUAGGACACACACCGCACACGGGUGGGUCGACUGGCAUGAACACGAUGAAAACGAAAAAUCUUAGGAACAGACUAUUAUCUGAAGUCAUUUAACGGCAAUUGGGGUCCUAGAAACUUUAAAUAUAAAAUUAAUUGUGUGUUUCGAUAAUAUAGAAAGCCCGAAAACGUAGCCAGAAGAAGUAGAAGAUAUUUUACGGUAAAAACUGGCCUAAAAUAAAUUGUUAGGCAUACAGUUAAGUUGGCGAAAUUAAGCACUAUUAUUUUGACCAUACUCUCCGGACCCAUUUCAUAAUUGAAGUAUCGAUCCACCUUUAAAACCCUUUUAAAAACACGCAGCUAACGAGCUUACAAAAAUCAAGCAUUCGCUUAGCAUAACUCUGGAACGAGCACGAAUGGAAUUCGCGGCUUCCAAGGCUAGACAAAAGUUUCGAAUAUGGAAAUCCAGACCCUCAGAUUUUGAAUAUAAAAACAUCUGGGCGCCAAUACACAUAAUUUUUUCUAGGACUUUAUCAAAUUUGAUAAAUUAGCCAUGCCGUGACGAGAACAAAACCUAAAACUGCAGUGGAAUGUAUUUAAAUGUAUUACAAAUAUAAACAAAUACGCAAGGCCACGAAAAAUAAUAAAUAAAUUAUUUAACUAAAAACUAUAUAAACACAAGCAGAGCAUGCAACAGAAAUAAUACACAACAGACAUAGCUACACUAUUAUUAAAUAAAUAAAGAUGGCAACCA